CGGCCUACUUUUGUUAUUAAAAAGAAAAAAUCAAGUAAACAGAAGUAUACGUGGCGCGCUGGCAAUGGCCGUUCAGUUACGUCACCACGUUGCCUGACGACAGGCCACCCCGCCACCCCGCCACCCGCUUUGUUGUGUAGCUAUUAUUUUGUCCAGCUUUGUCACAGUCGGAGGGUUUGUAAUCAAGGGAAAGCAGACGACUCGAACUCAGGUUCCGACACUUGCGCUAUGGCGUCCGAGAGAACAGAAGCUGCGGAGGGAGUCGAAGCCAUCAAAAGAGACAACAACAAUCGGUCAGCAGACGAUCUAUACAUUCGUAACGACCAUGAACUGCAGGACUUUUGGAGAGCCAUCCUACCGGCCUUUGUGAGAACAGUGGACCCUCGUGAAUCUGGGCUCAUGGACCAGCUCUUUGCCGAGGACAUGCUGAGUGAGAGUGAUGUCGAGUCUCUGUGCGGGAAGCACGUGGUCACACGGCGGGACCAGGCUCGCAAGCUUGCGGUGUCCCUCAUGAAAUACAGGUGGAACGAGUUCAUGACGAUGGUUGCACCUGCUCUGUGCACCGCUAAAUAUACCCACAUCAUCCCCUGCAAAUACUGGAUCACCAACGACGACCAGCGUACAGAGAUGACGUCAUUAAGAGGUAACGGCAUGACGACCACAGAGCUGUGCUUACGUCACAUUAUCAAACAUCGCUUACGACCGGCUGCGCUGGCAGACAUGUUGUUUCAUCGCCACUAUAUGUCUUUCGAGGAAUACAGGAUGUUUAUUUCAGAAGAAACAAGCAGCAAUUCAGACAAAUGGACAAAGAUUUUCUCGACACUAAGCAAACCCCCGUCGCCGCAAGCUGCGAAGGAGACAGAGAGCGAUCUGAGACAACGACUUUCUCGACAUAUAAACGUUCCCGACAGUUUGUCGGACAUCCUACUGCGUGGCCUUCCGUGUUGCUGCAAAGAACGUUCUCGUGAGAACUCACGUGGCAAGGAUUUUCUCGAAAAGCUGAAGAAGAGAAUAUCUCAGCAAAUAUCUCCUUGCAGCACGUUGUCCGGGUCAGACAGGGAGUCAGUGACAUCUUACAGCCCAAGUUCCACUCUAAGAGAUGUCAGUGACAUCAUCUCCGACUGCGACUCCGACAAAACGUUGGUGCCACCAAAAGCUUUGCAGACCUCCGAACCUUCCACGUCCACCAGCUGCUUGCUCCCAGUCGCCACCAGUGUCUCCAAACUGUUCUCGAAGGCGCAGCAGCUGCUAAGGCGGUGGAUGCUAUUCUUGCGACAGUUCCACCUCUCGUACAACAGUUGACAGUGUCUCCCGUGGACUGUACACAUUUAGAGAGAUGGCGGUCACGUUUACCAUACUGCAAUGACAGUUUGGAAGAAAACGAUACAGGUAUGACAGCGAUCCCGACAGGUAACCAUACCCGGCCUUUAAUGGAGAGAAACGUACACAAUACCGAAGAAGAUUUCAAAAUAGAAAACGAGACUGGAAUAACAAGGACUGAAAACUUUGGUAAUCAGCUAGACCUGCGAGGUUCAGCUGCUGUGUCAUUUUAUAAUUCUCCUGUCACUGUGACAUACAUUAGUCUUCCUGCCAUCGGGUGUUCUGACACUGCUGUCGGUGACGUGUCAUCCACCGGAGCGAACCGACUGCCGAACACCUCCACUACUGUUUCCCUCGGUAGCAAUGUUGGUCCGUUGCACGAAAAUCCCACCGGUUUCUUUUGUACCAACUCUUCCAACCAACCACAGAUGACUUCUACCGGCCUCAGCGGUAACAUUGUCAUCCCUCUACACGGCAGUCCCUCUGACUUGUCCAGUGCCAACCCGCCAAACCAAACGCACAUUACUUCCAUCGACUUCCGUAGCGGUAACACUGUUACCCCGUUACAUCACUCAUGUGUCAUCAGUUCAGCCAACAGACAGCAGGUUACCUCCACUGGCUUACCUUUCAAUGACACUGUCACCUCGAUGCACAAUAAUCCCGAUGAUAUGUCACGUGGGGAACUUCCCGAUUUACAGAACUUUCAUGAAAGUUUUGCAAAAUUAUUGGAUUCUCUUCAAUGGGGAAAUCGAAAAUGCCUCUUUAUAAUUACAUGUGUUGUAGCAAUUCUAAUUCAGUUGUUCACAGCAGCGGUUCAUUUUGUUUUUCUUGUCGGAAAUUUGGCAGAGUCUGUGAAAAUCACAUUAGCUAUAUUUGGCGCUCUUGCUAGCCUAAGCCAAUCUCUUACUAUUGUUCUUUUUGUUGCUUUAAUUAUAGCGAAUCUUCAGUUCCAAAACACCCUUCGACAUCUCACUUUUGGCCAUUCUGUACACAACAGGCAUAACGGUUCUCAAAAUCAGCCAGAUGGUAGGUUGAUAAACCAAUCGACAACCUAGCUGUCCACAUUGUUGAAGGCUUUAGAAAGAAAACAAAACUGCAAAAGUCCAAGCGAAGCCAUGAGCUCUUUCUUUUGGCUCGAGCGCUAGACACAAAGAAUCGUACCACCUUCCCACUGACAAGAAGGGCUAAAACAUACGGGUAUGACUACAGCUGUGUCAGGGCCACCCCUUAUACCCCGUAAAUUCACUGCUGACGUGUCAUGUUAUAGUAGCUUCAAGAGAUUUUUUUCUUUCUGAAUCAGAAUUGUUUUAUUCGUAGCAAUAAUUUAGAAAGGGGGAUUUUCAAAUGUGGCUGCAUCCUGAAAACACUCGCUGCUGUACUUUAUUGAAAAAAUAAAGUGGUUGCUACUUUCAA